AUGUGCCACUUUCGGGUCUCCUCACACUGCUGCCAGGUCCAUACUGAUUCAUGGCCCCCUGCCUCUGUAUGGCCUUCAAUUUAAGCUGCUUACGCUUCGCCACUCUGCCAUGGGCCCCUGUACCGCCUCCUCUUGCUGCUGCCAGGUCCAGAGUGUGUCAUGGGUCCCUGUACGGCCUCCCAUUGCUGCUGACUUCAUCGCCAGACUCUGCCAUGUGCCACUUUCAGGUCUCCUUACACUGUUGGUGGGUUCCAUUUUGUGAUAGGGUGCUGUAUGGCCUUUCAUUGCUGCUGCUCCACCGCCACCCUGCGCCAUGUGCCUCUGUCGUCGUCUGCUCA